CCGAAACAGCAGAAGAAGACGAAGAAGAAGAAGCAGAAGCUUCUUGUCGCGUGAUCAGCUGACCGAACGGUUUGGUUUGUCAGUGGGACAACCAGCUAAAAACAAGCAGAAGAGAAGGACCAUUACUGUUUUUAUUCGCCACGGAGAGGAACGUUCGUCGACAAGCCUUUGAUUAUAAAGAAAUGUUCCAAUAGGUUUCCCUUUUCUGAAACAUCAGCAUAAUGUCGGGGAACAGCUUGGUUCUGCCCAUAGUGCUGUGGGGCCGCACGGCCCCCACACACUGCAUCAGCAGUCUGCUGGUGAUGGACGACUUUAGCACCAUCAUCACCGGCUGCCAUGAUGGACAGAUCUGCCUGUGGGACAUGACACCUGAGUUGGAGAUUUGUCCCAGGGCUAUGUUGUUUGGUCAUACAGCCUCCAUCACCUGUCUGUCUAAAGCCAGUGCAUGCGGUGACAAACAGUACAUCGUCAGUGCGUCAGAGAGUGGAGAGAUGUGUUUAUGGGAUGUGAAUGAUGGACGCUGCAUUGAGUUCACCAAGCUGGCCUGUGCCCACACUGGCAUACAGUUCUAUCAGUUCACCAUCGGCACUCAGAGGGAGGGACGUCUGCUUUGCAACGGGCAUUACCCAGAAAUCCUUGUGAUGGAUGCCACCAGUCUGGAGGUCCUGUACUCGCUGGUGUCCAAGAUCUCUCCUGACUGGAUCAGCUCAAUGAGCAUCAUCCGAUCCCACCGAACACAAGAGGACACAGUGGUGGCGGUGUCAGUGACAGGGAUUCUGAAAGUGUGGAUCAUCACAGCUGAGGUCAGCAGGAUGCAGGACCUGGACCCUGUGUUUGAAGAAGAGUCCAAACCCAUCUACUCUCAGGGAUGUCAAAGUAUUUCCUUCUGUACCUUCACUCAGAGCAGCCUGCUGGUUGUCUGCUCCAAAUACUGGAGGGUGUUUGAUGCAGGGGACUACUCGCUGCUCUGCUCAGUGCCCAGUGACAACGACCAGACCUGGACGGGUGGAGAGUUCAUCGCAGCAGACAAAGUCAUCAUAUGGACUGAAGAUGGCUGCAGUUACAUCUACAAGCUGCCUGCCAGCUGUCUGCCUGCUAGUGAACAUUUCCGCACUGAUGUUGGGAAAACCAAAGAAGGCUCAAUCCCUCCACUGGUCUACAGCAUUGCAAACCACUCAGACAAACAGAAGGGAGGAGAGGAGGAGGAGGAGCUUGUGGAGGUGAUGUGCCUCGCUGCCAGUGGGUUCGACUUGGAACUCUACACCGCUGAGCUGCUAUACUGCCACCGGCCUGUAGAGGCGCCACUCCUGAUCUGUCCGCCUGUGACUCGGUUCUUCUUUGGCCGACGGGAGCCCUUCCAUAAACUGCUGAUCCAGGGAAACUCAGGGGGCAGACUGUCCCUGUGGAGCAUCCCGGACACCUCGCCCGCGCAGCCGCCAUCUACCACUGCAGAGCUGCAGGUGUCGUCCACCAUCAGUCUCCAGGAGGCGUUUGAUAAGUUAACCCCCGUGUCUGCAGGGAUCAUCGACCAGCUCAGUGUCCAGCCUGGAAAAGAAGAACCCGUCAAGGUGACAGCCAGCGUGUACAUCCCCUCUCAGGGUCGCCUGGUCUGCGGCAGAGAAGAUGGCAGCAUCAUCCUGGUUCCCGCCACUCAGACCGCCAUCGUCCAGCUGCUGCAGGGGGAGCACAUGCUCAGGAGAGGCUGGCCGCCCCAUCGUACCCUGCGAGGUCACCGGAACAAGGUGACAUGCGUCUUGUAUCCCUAUCAGAUCUCCCCCCGCUACGACCAGCGCUCGCUGGUGUCCGGAGGCGUGGACUUCUCCGUCAUUGUCUGGGACAUUUUCACCGGAGAGAUGAAACACAUUUUUUGUGUCCACGGCGGGGAGAUCACCCAGCUCAUCGUCCCUCCUGAAAACUGCAGCACUCGGGUGCAGCACUGCGUCUGCUCGGUGGCCAGCGACCACUCGGUUGGCCUGCUCAGUCUCAGGGAGAGGAAGUGCAUCAUGCUGGCAUCUCGACACCUCUUCCCCAUCCAGGUCAUCAAGUGGCGUCCAGCUGAUGACUACUUGGUGGUUGGAUGCUCUGACGGCUCCGUCUAUGUCUGGCAGAUGGAUACAGGAGCCUUGGACCGCUGUGUGAUGGGUAUAACGGCGGUGGAGAUCCUGAACGCCUGUGACGAGCUGGCUCCGGCCACAGUUGACGCUCUGAGCCACUCAGCUGUGAACCUGAAGCAGGCGAUGACUCGCCGCAGCCUGGCGGCGCUGAAGAACAUGGCACAGCACAAACUGCAGACGCUCGCCACCAACCUGCUGGCGGCCGACAACGCUGACAAGGGCAACCUGCCAAAAUACUCCCAUAAUGCGCUGGUGGUCCAGGCGAUGAAGACCAACCUGACAGACCCUGACAUGCACGUGCUAUUUUUCGACGUGGAGGCAGUGAUCAUCCAGUUGCUGACGGAGGAAGCCCAGAGACCAAACCCCACACUGGUGUCUCCGGAGACGCUGCAGAAGAGCCAGGCUGGGGCCGACAAGGGGGGCUCUUUCCUGGCCAAUAAGAUCUUCAAGCAGGUGAAGGAGACAAUGAAGGAGACCAUCAAGGAGCACCUGUUAGACGAAGACGAGGAGGAGGAGGAGGAGAUGAGGAGGCGGGAGGAGAAGUCCAAAUCUCUGAGUCUGCUUGAGUACAACCUGACGAUGGACACUGCCAAACUCUUCAUGUCUUGCCUGCAUGCCUGGGGUCUUAAUGAACAGCUGGACGGCAUCUGCCUGGAGCGACUGGGCAUGCUCAGACCGCACUGCCCCAUCUCCUUCGGCCUGAUCUCCAGAGGUGGUCACAUGUCCCUUAUGCUGCCCACUUUCAAGGAGUCCUUGCUGCGGCAGUUGUCACUGGCGACAGGUCUGAGGCUUACUCUGACGGACAUCGUAGGGAAGGGGACCUAUGGUGUGUCAAGGGCUGUCACCACACAGCACCUUCUGUCUGUAAUUUCUCUGGCCAACACUCUGAUGGGCAUGACCAAUGCCACUUUCGUUGGAGAGCACAUGAAGAAAGCACCAGCCAGGCCUCCCAGACCAGGAGGAACCCCGGAGACUCCUCGCAGGACGGUGGCUGCCCCCCCUCAGCCCUCCAACCCGGCGCUACAGGCCCAGAUCAAACAAGGUUGGAGUCAGCUGGCAGCCAUGCACUGUGUGAUGCUACCUGAUCUCCUCGGCCUGGAUAAGUUCAGACCUCCUCUGCUGGAGAUGUUGGCAAGGAGAUGGCAGGACCGCUGUCUAGAGGUGAGAGAAGCAGCACAAGCUCUCCUGUUGGCUGAAUUAAGAAGGAUUGGCCAGUCAGGACGAAAGGAGACCAUCGACAUGUGGGCUCCCUACCUACCUCAGUAUGUGGAUGCGGUCAGCUCCCCUGGGACGACUACUGAGGCCUCCCCCCCAGCCCCACCUCCAACUGAGGCUCAGCCAAUAGAAACCAAGGCUCCUGAGGAGGAAAUGGACGUCACGGAUGAUGACAUCACAGCAGGCUGUCUGUCCAGCCUUCCACCAAAUGCCAAGAAGAUUUCCAACUCUUACGAGGAGCGCCGCAAACAGGCCACGGCCAUCGUGCUACUGGGAGUCAUUGGAGCUGAGUUUGGCGCUGAGAUCGAACCUCCAAAGGGUUCAGCACGGGCUCGAGCUGGUGGACAGGCACCAGAGGGCUUCGGACUUACAAGUGGAGGGUCAUCCAAUUACUCACUGGCCAGGCAUACAUGUAAGGCGCUGACCUUCCUGCUGUUGCAGCCCCCGAGUCCCAAGCUGCCUCCCCACAGCACCAUCCGCCGCACCGCCAUCGAUCUGAUUGGCCGAGGCUUCACUGUCUGGGAGCCGUAUAUGGAUGUGUCAGCGGUGCUCAUGGGACUACUGGAGCUCUGCGCUGACGCCGAGAAGCAGCUGGCCAAUGUUACCAUGGGUUUGCCCCUCAACCCGCCGGCAGACUCCGCUCGCUCGGCCCGCCACGCCCUCUCUCUUAUUGCCACUGCCCGCCCACCGGCCUUCAUCACCACCAUUGCAAGAGAGGUUCAUCGGUUCAACGCGGCUCAGGCGAACUCUCAGUCUCAGCAGAACGUUCACACCACCACUCUGGCCAGAGCCAAAACUGAGAUACUGCGAGUGAUUGACAUCCUGAUAGAGAAGAUGCCUGGAGAUGUUGUGGAUCUGCUGGUUGAGGUGAUGGAUAUCAUCAUGUACUGUAUUGAGGGUUCUCUGGUGAAGAAGAAAGGACUGCAGGAGUGUUUUCCUGCUAUUUGCAAGUUCUAUAUGGUUGGUUACUGUGAUCGUAGUCACCGCAUCGCCGUCGGAGCUUGCCAGGGUUCAGUGGCCCUCUACGAUGUUCGUACUGGAAAAUGCCAGAACAUCCACGGUCAUAAGGGUCCAAUCACAGCAGUGUCGUUCGCCCCGGAUGGCCGUUACCUGGCAACAUACUCCAACGCUGACAGCCACAUCUCCUUCUGGCAGAUGAACACCAGUCUGCUGGGCAGCAUCGGGAUGCUGAACUCGGCCCCUCAGCUCCGCUGCAUUAAGACCUACCAGGUUCCUCCUGUGCAGCCGGCGUCUCCGGGCUCCCAGAAUCACCUGAAGCUCGCCCGCCUCAUCUGGACCUCCAACCGUAACGUCAUCCUCAUGGCCCAUGACGGCAAGGAGCACCGCUUCAUGGUCUAAACCAGAUCUGUAUCUCCAGCUGAGCCCUCGUGGUUGUACAGGACAGAUCCAAUUUUUGCUCCAAGGUGGAGUCUGAAAUUCUGUAGUGUUGAUUUAAGUUUUAGCUUCAAAUGUGGAUCCUGAGCUGCUGAGUCCAACAGAUGAUGCAGCCUAAAGGCUCGGUGAAAAAUCUGAUGGUAUCAAAAUUGAGCUUGACAUGAAAAGUGAAAACCAGCUCAGGUCCAGGUUUGGACUGGAUCAGUUUUUUGUUUAAUCUCCCACUGUGAUUGUUGUGAGGUAGCUCGCUCUGUAAUAUAUUUGAAAGUCGUGAUAAAAGGCUUGUUUACAUUCUGAUUUGCUUAGAUGUAUUUAUUAGUUCUUAAACAUUCUUGGCAUUCUUAUUUAUUAGCAGUUUUUGCUGGAUCCCAUUUGCUGCAUCCGUUUUUGGAUCCCAACUAUUCCUGUUCAUUUAAAGUCAGCUCUGCCCUUUGGCUUCCUACCUUGCUUUUAGUUUAUUUCAGUGCUUAAUAAGAGCAUUAUAGUACUAUCCCCAUCAUUGUUAUUAUUAAAUGUUUGAAACAUAUUGCAGAUUUAUUGUUCCAGAAACACUGACCAGAACACGGAUUUCCCACGGUCGCUAAAAAUGAAUCAAUCUUUGCCACCCUUUUUCCAUUUUCUGCCCUUUAUAAUGAAGUUUAUUUGGGAAUCAAAUGGUGAAACAACACAACAUGAAUUCCUUUAAUUUCCAUUGCUAAAAUAUAUUUCUAACAGACUGUUGAAAGUAUUUAAAAGAAAUUCUCCACUACCCUCUCGAAGGCUUUGGUCGUCUCUGACCUCUGAGAGAUGCGUACACACUUCUCACAUUUCAAACUGCAUGUGUGUGUUCACUUGUGUGUGUGAGUCUGUUUCUGUGUGCUUUUAUUUUUGCGACACACUGGGAGCUUUUUCCUCCUCUCUGAGUAUCACACAGAAACGUGUGUGUGUGUGUGUGUGUGUGUGCGGUGUUGACACCCGAGUGUAUUUUCACAAACACGGAUUCUUAAAGACCACAGUCACAGAAAACGUUUCGAUCCUCACUUUUCAAAAACUGCAGCAUAUCAUCACUUUGGUCCCAUUUUAAGAGGAUAAUAGUAACACUGUGGUCAGACAGAAGCACUUCCAGGCUCCUGUCUCAGUUUACUUCUUGAGUUUUUGGUACUAUUAGAAGGAUUCAUUUGCAAAGACAGAUAUCUGCUUUUUUAUUUAUUUAAAAUCAUGUCUUCUGUGUGUGUGUGUGUCUGUGUGUGUGUGUGUGUGUGUGUGUGUGUGUGUGUGUGUGUGCGUGCACGUGUACAGUCCAGUGUAUAUGAAUUAAAAUGGUGGUGGUUUACUCAUCUUAGGAAUGGAUUUUAUCUAGUUUUGCAGAUGAACUCUGUUGAAGCGUCAGUCUUGUCAUCCAGGUUGUUCUUGUAGCAGUUUGGUGUGUUCACCUUCCACGGCUCUAACGGUUUCCAUGGUUCCUUAUGUCCACACUUUGGUCACAGUUCCUAAGUGAACCUUCAGCCUCCUUUCUCGUCUUGUCCAAGUGCAAAUGAUGCCGUUUUGUGUUUCACCGAGAGACAUCAAGACUUCUCUUCAUCUUGCAGCUUUGGGCUUUCACUCAUCCUGCUCACAUCUGACUUUCGGGAGGGCAUGUCUAGACAUACAUGUGUACAUAUACAGAAUAUAUAUAUAUAUCAUGAGAAUUACUGCGUAAUGUAGACUGUUAAUCUUGUACAGUGAGCAUUGAUCCUGUAUGGUGUAUUUGUUGUGGCUAAUGUGACUGUCUGCAUCAUUCCUUUCCUUUAAAAUUUUUUAAACCAUCAGCCACUUGGAAAAGAUGUGACUUAUUUAGCUUAUUUAGAAUUUGUAAAGGGUCUUUGUAUAACAUUAAAAAAAUAUGUAAGAAUUCGAAAAACAGGAAAAGCUCUAAAAUGUCACAGUUUUCCGUUUACUUUACAUCAGUGGAGGCUUGAUGGAGACCACCUUGAUUCUCCUCUUACUGAGAGAAACAAAAAGUUAACAGCAGGACAUAUUUACAGUUUGAUUAUUUUUCUUAUCUUGCAGUGUAAAACUGUAUGUGGUCUCUUAUUGAUAACAGCGGGCAUGAGUCGGCUAGUUGACCUUGGAACUGACCAUGCAGCACACCAUGACAUCACUGGGAGGUGUGCUUACGGGUGAUUUGAACUCUGCCUGGGACAUUUUGCAGCAUAACUGUGGUUGGAGAUUUGCCAGUGCUCAGAGAAACAUAUAUAAAUCCACAGAUAUUUAUAGACGGCUUCCUAUCAGAAUCCGACUGAGUUUAGUUGCUCUUGCUGUGACUUUUGUGAAAGCAUUUUAGAUAUUUGACGCAAAUUUGACAUGACACUAGCAUUAAUUCUAUAUUUCCCACUCUUCCUUCUGCACCCUCCUUUCCUCCUCCUCCUCCUCUCUGUCCUCCCUCUUCUCCUUCCUCCAUCUCCUGUCAGUUUCAUUAGUGCUGUCAGAAAGCUUCUAACACUGUUACACACCUGUAAACCCGAGCGUGUCAAAGCUUUUCACAAGUUCUUCGUUUCUUCAUAAAAAGAAGAAAAAAGGCAGCUCGUCACAUGGGUUUCUGAAAAUACACACACACACACGUCAUGUCCAGCAAGUCCAGAAAGCUUUGAGAUCUUAAUCUUUCGUUUUCUCCACCACUCUUUACAGUUUAGAGAAAAUCUGUUUUUUUUGGCAGCCUCAUGGGGGAGGAAAGGUGAGAAAAAUAAAGAAGGCAGAGAGGAAGAGCUGAAGAGUAAGUAACAAGUGAGGAAGAUCGGCUCAUUCACCCAGAAAAAAAAAGGUUCUUCGGUGAAUGUAGUGAACCGAAAUGUCUAAAAGAACCUUCUGGUUUUUCUUCAAAUACAACAUCAUGGAAAAAACAAGACAACAUGAGGAACAUGAGGUAUUACUGAAAACAUCUCAGAAAAGCUGCAGACACGUUUGUUAAACUGAUCUUUACAGAACUGUAAUGACAAAAUGACGCUGUUCUGAGACUUGAAUAUGAAAACGAUACUAAAAUGACCAUUUACCUCAUUGUUCAACAUGUCUGAUGUGCAAUGACCGGAUCGAUUGUGUUUUAAAAAGUGUGUGCUUACUUAAAUUCAACAUCAUUCCUGUAUUUCACACUAAAUGUAAUCAGCAGUUGUUGUUAAUUUUGUUUUAUUUUGAUUAUGUAUUUAGUGUUUAUACAGUAAAGUCAGCCUAGAUAUUUAGCAGUGUAUGUGUUAUAGUGCAUAUAUAAGCUUCCCUUGAGCACAGAGCAGGUUGAAUCUAUUGUGCAUCAUGUAACCGUGUUGUGUUAAACUGUUGUUGUUGCUGAGCCCAAUAAAAGUGAAAAUGAG